GGCUGAAACCAAAGAAACCUCUUGACGUAUGGUCCAUUCGAGAAAAACUAUGUCUUGCUAGUGCAGUAUUUAAAAUUGGAGAUCAGAACUGGGUAUCAGUGAGUAGAGCCAUUAAGCCAUAUGCAGAACCAAGUAGGCCUCCAGAAUGGUUUCAUCAAAAGAAUUGCCUGUUGCAGUAUUAUGAUUUAAUGGAACAGUUAGAACAGCCAAAAAGGAAAAGAGGUGGAGAAAAAUCUGAAUCAGACACCCCAAGCCUUCAGAUUAUGAGAAGGAUGACAAUAGAAAGAAGUGAACAGUUAAAAAAAGAGAUCUUGGAGAUGCAACAGAAAUUCAAGCAAAUGAAAUCCGAUGUUGAGUUUAUUAAAGCAGGCAUUUGGGAUGACCACAUUGAACAAGUUUGGCAGGAAAUUCAAGAAGAACAGAGAAAUGCAGAAGCACAAGAGAAAGUUGAAGUUAAGGUUGAAGAUGAGUAUUAUGAAAAUAAAAUCGUAGCUGCAGAAAUGUUGGACUCUUCAAUGCCUGUUGGUGAUGUUGAUGAGAGCACUCAAGAUUCUGUUGGAGAGAUCUCUGUAUUGACAGAUGAAGAAGGCACUCAUUUGGGUAGUUCACCAUUCCAUACACCUCCACCUAUCGUGUCAGCAGCAGACAAAUUAUCAGCAUCACAUCUUCUACAAUUAUUAAAAAGUGAUGUCAAAACAGCUACAGAACUUCAGCGACUCAAACAUGAGCAGGAAGUUCAGCAGCAAGAGCAAUUACAACAGCUGCACUCUUGGGGCAAUCAGCAGACAGUUUUAUCACAGUCACAUAUAUCUGUGCUGAAAGUGCCUGUAACACAAGAUGAUGCUCUUACUACUUCACCAUCCAGCACUGCUCCAACUCUGUCUCGGUUGCUGUCCACAGCAAAAGGCCAAAUUGAUGUUACAAAUACUGUUGUUCAGUUAACAUCAUCUUCAACUGAUGUGUCCCUUACCACCUUUACCAACCCACUUAUAAAGCACGAGUCAGCAAUGAAAGACACUGCAGAAGAGACAGUUAUUAUGGACAUUGAGGAAAGUAAUUUAACAGAUGCAUCGUGUAACAGUCUACCCCAGGACAGUUGUACUCAAAGCUGCACAAUAGAACGUGACAUCCUGACUUCUGCUGUCGCUAUUGGAGAACUUGCAGAUGUGGCCAAAGGUGCCAGGGACAGUAUUGAUGUAGAAAAGAAUGAGCAACAAGAAGAGCUCAACAUUACCUCAAAUAGUCAAAAUGGGGAAACAGUAGAUGCUAUAAAAGAGGAGCUUGAUAAAGAGUCACAAGAUGAAGAUGAAGAUACAUCAGUCAAAAGGAGCGUUGGAAGUUUGGCCAGUGAAGCAGAGCUUACAGAAUCAUCAAUAAAAGAUGAACCUCUGUCGCCAGCAAGCAGUAUUAGCUCAAAGUUUAGUGAAGCUGGUAGCAAGAAAGGCAAUGAAAUCAGAGGGCAAUCAAGCUCUCAGUCAUCGGGUCUAAGUACAAGGAAAGCUUAUAACACAGAUGCUGACCGAAAAGAAGAAGGUGGAAGCUCACAGCACAGUGAUGUGGAACUAAGUGAAGAUGAGAAUAGAGAGAGGGAGGAUAUACUGACUGGUCAGUUGGCUUCUGUGAACAGUGGCUCCAUUCUGUCUGAAUCAUAUCCAAAUAGUCCUGCAUCCCUUUCUAUUUGCAGUGAUACUGAGGAAGAAAAGUCAUUUAAGCUGUGGAAAAAAUCCAUUAUGCUCGUAUGGAGAGCAGCAGCCACCCACAAAUAUGCUAAUGUCUUCUUGCAUCCAGUCACAAAUGAUAUAGCUCCAGGCUACCACAGUGUCGUGCUAAGACCAAUGGAUCUAAGUACAAUUAAGAAGAAUGUGGAAACUGGCAUUAUUAGGUCAACAUUAGACUUCCAGCAUGACAUGAUGUUGAUGUUUACAAAUGCCAUUAUGUACAACUCAUCCAAUCACAAUGUGUUUCGAAUGGCAAAGGAGAUGUAUGAUGAUGUAAUGCAGCACAUUGAA